CUCAAACCUGCUCCCUGCCAAGUAGGUCUCCUCACGCACCCGGCUCUUCCCAUUGGAGUCGGGAUUCAAUAGCCGUCCUAGCCGGGUAUCUGCUGUUCCAGUGUGCUGUUCCCAGCCACCCCACCCCAGAGACAGCUGCAUCUCAGCUCAGGGUCUGUCCCAGCCCAAACCCCAGCCAUGGGAAGAGCCCUGCCGCCACAGCAGGACACUAGGGAAUGGGAGCUCCCAGCUCAGGGCCCCCUUUGGAGACCAGGGGGUCCUGCCCCCACUGCAGCCAUGCUGAGGGUCCUGAUCCUCGCCCUGCUCUGGAGGGGGUCCCUAUCCCAGCUGUCCGGAUUUACCCUGACCGUGCCACAGUCGGUGUCGGUGCAGGAGGGUUUCUGUGUUUUUGUCCCCUGCACCUUCACGUACUCAGCCUCGUACAACACCUACAAUUUCUGGGACUACAAACCCGACACCCGGCUCUACGGAUACUGGUACAAGGAUCCGGCCAAUGAGAGCCAAGAUCCGCCAGUGGCCAGCAGUGACCCCAGCCGGGGGGUGUCUCAGGAGACCCAGGGCCGGUUCCGGCUGGUGGGGGAACUGGUGCAUGGCGACUGCUCUCUGCUAAUCAGUGAAGCACAAUGGAGGGACACAGGGAGAUAUUUCUUCAGAUUCGAGAAAGGGACAUUGAGAUACAGUUACCUCUUCAAUUCCGAUGGCACUGAUGCAAAGGUCGCGAUCUCUGUUCCAGACCCACCUGGGCCCCCCAACAUCACAUGGACCUUGACCAGGAACGGACGCCGCGUGCCAGAUGUGUGGGGAGCUGAGGGCGACGUCGUGUCUCUGGAGACACAGGAGGGCGACUCCCUGAGCCUGAGCUGUGAGGUUGGGAGCAGACCCAAGGGCACCCUGAGCUGGGCCAAGGGGAACGAGUCCCUGAGCCCCGGCCAGGAAGGGGCCGGGCGCCUGGAGCUGCCGAAUCUCAGCAGAGGGGACGCUGGGGAGUAUCGGUGCUGGGUGAAGAACUCCUACGGGUCGGCCAGCCGGGCCCUGCGUGUGCACGUGCAGACUCUAGAGAAGACGCUGCAAAUCACCGUCUCCAGAGCUAACAGGAGCGACCCCCAGUUAUUCCAAGACUCCAGCACCCUGGUGGCGAAUGGCUCACAGCUCUCGGCCCGGAAGGGCGACUCCCUGCGGUUCCUCUGCUCCGUCGCCAGCAGCCCCCCCGCUGUGCUGGGCUGGGUGAGGGGGAGCCAAAUCGUUGAGGGUGCCAGCCUUGAGGGGGAGAAUCAGCUGUGGCUGGAGCUGCCCAACGUGACAGUCGAGGACGGGGGGCUGUACGGGUGCUGGGCCCAGAACAAGCAGAGCUCUGCCCAGGGGACGUUCCAGCUGCUCAUCGAGUACAGCCCCCAGCUGGGGACCAGGCUGAACUCAUCCUGCCGCCGCCAGGGGCCCAGCAUCAGCUGCAGCUGCUCCCUGCGCUCCCAGCCCCUGCCCCAGCUCCAGUGGCAGGUGGAUGGGGAGCCCCUGACUGGGAACAGCUCACGGGGGGCCCUGCAGGUCAGCUCAUGGGCCCAGGGGGACGAGGCCGUCAGCACCCUGAACUGGACGGGGAGCGGGGUAGGGGGCCCCCGGAUCUUCUGCCUCGGCUCCAACCCCCAUGGGAGCUACGCCGUCCUGCACUUUGACUUCAGGCUCCCACAGAGAGGUGCGGAGGAGCCUGGCAGGCUGCUGGGCCUCGGGGUGGCCUGUGGGCUAGGGGUCGCCGUCAGCUUCUUCCUUCUGGGGCUCUGUGUGAUCAAGCUGUGGGGCCGGGAGCCGGCGCUCCCCAGAGCUGAGCCCGGGGAGAUGGCUAACGGGAGCCAGGCCAAGCUCAUGGCCGAUGACGCCAGCCUGAUCUACAGUAACGUCACCACCAUCCCUAUGGGUCACAAGACUCCAGCCGCUUGCCGGACCAAAGGCGUCCAGGACGAGGCUGCAGCAGCACAGGCCCCGCUAGGCCCCGGGGAGCCGGACGAGCUGCAUUACGCCACCAUCAACUUCUCCAAGCUGCAGCGCAAACUGGGGGAGUCCCCAGAGGCCCCGGACACGGAAUAUUCCGAGGUCCGGCUGAAAUAGCCCCCUCGCGCCAUGGGCCCAGGCUGGGCAUCUCUGGCCCAUCCAGUGCAGAGAGGGAGUGUCACAGUGAGGGGGGAAGGGGAAAGGGGCAGGCCCGUGACGUGGGAAACCUGAGUGCAACUCCCUGCUCCGCCCUGGACUCAAGGCAGUCAACUAGGCCUUGGAGAUGCUAGAGCGCUGCAUUGUGGGGAAGUAUCCCAGAGUCCCCUGCAGCCGGUGCCAAAGCCUCCCCUCUCCCAAACCCCACUGCCCCCGGGGAAAAGAGCCUCUCACCCUACAGCCCCAGAGAGUCUCUCUUCUACCCUGCCUGACCCCUCAGCCUCUCGUUUCACAGAUGGGCAGGAUGGUCACGCUCAGGAGCAGUAACCAGUAGGAGCGGAGGGCUGGGUUUGUGAUUAAGAUGUUUGCUUAGUACUCAGGCUUUCUGAGUCCCUGCGCCACUGAAAAUGCUGUAGGUGAGGUUUGGCCAUUUGCUGCAUCUCUCUCACCUCAGGUUUUUUACCCCAAAAAUUGGGAUAAUAAUGGUUCUUUGGGCUACUUAUGUUAUAAACUCUUAGGAGCAGAGACUGUCUCUCGCUGUGUCUGGGCAGCGCCUGGCACAACAAGGUCCUGGUCUCUGUCAAGGUCAAUCAGUGCCACGUGAUUAUAACUUCUUAGUAACAAUGUUCUAUUGAAGGUAACAUGUUCACUCCAAAGCCAAAAGCAUCCGACUGUAAAAUUUCCUGUUUACAAGCUGUUACUUGAAAUAGAUUUUCAUAUGUCAUUUUUUGUCACUGCUACUUUUUUAACAAAGGGCCACUAACGACUAUGACUGAUUUGUGUCCAAUAAAGAAUCAGUUUUCA